AAUCCCGCGACUGUAAAGCGCUUUCAGAACUGGAUGGAGCUGCAUCUCUACUCGAGUCUUUGGAUUUAAAAAUGAUUUUAUUUGGACACUGAUUAAUUAAAACAGAAACUCUGAAGCUGGAAACUUUUAUCUUUUUUAUGUUAAAAAGGGGGAAUCAAGUUUUUGCCCCAAGAGCUUCACAAAACGACUUUUACGCAUUGGAAAACAGUAAUCAUCCUCGCUUAUCUUGUUAUGGUUGCCAGCAAUAAAAAAAAUAUACAUAUAUAAAACGUAUUGCAACGUAAGGUUUUACGCCUUUAAAUAACCAGAGUGAGGAAGAAAAUGAUUUCCUUUAAUUAACGCGUUUCUCCGCCCUCAUAGAUACUCAUCAUCCUUUGCGCGCGUACCGUGCUCUCCUCCAGGCGUAAAACGUGUUCCGCGUUCAAUAUACUGAACUAAAACGGAAUUUGCCAUGUACUAAAGUCCCAAUUUGGUUAAACAAAAUCAAGACACCGAGCGUGAUCUGCCUUAAGGAGCUUGGAUGCUGGUGAGGACUGCUGCUGUGUCUAAAGGCUGCAUGGGAGCGCAUGCGGUGUCAUCUUAAUUCUCCCCGGCGCGGCAUCAUCUCGGUGGAAGUAGGCUUCGCUGGAAAGAUGGCUUUUGACUUUUCCCCCAGGAUCCAAAGCGUAAUCCCUCUGCAUGCCUGAUUACACCGUGACAGUGGAAACUCGUCUUUAGUAAGGUAAAAGGAUGACUGCAGCUGCAGGUGUUCUGACAGGCUUGGCCAAGCUGAAGCGCCAGGACUCCGCCCGCUCUCAGCAUCGCCCCAUACCACCUGCUUUCCAAGGCUUGGCAAACCCCACCCCUGAGAGCGCCCCCAGGAAGAGAAAGAGACGCACAGAUGUGGUGGUGGUUCGAGGAAGGCUUCGGCUCUACUCGGCUUCAGGCUUUUUUCUCUUCCUGGGACUAAUCAUCUUGGCAAUAGGCAUUGGCAUGGCGACUCUAGGUUACUGGCCACACAAUAAAGCCAUACCAACAGGUGGAGGAAAUGAAUUAAAGGUGGAGAAAGAUGUAACUAAUGCAAGCCAAGUGGUUCAAGACUCUUCAAAGCAGAUGGGCGGUGCUCUGACACGGUUUCUGGAACAGCACCUUCACUCUGAGAGGAUGAAGAUGCUUGGACCCUUCACUAUGGGAAUAGGAAUCUUUAUCUUCAUCUGUGCUAAUGCAAUACUUCAUGAAAACAGAGACAGGGAGACCAAGAUAAUCCAUAUGAGAGACAUGUACUCAACAGUCAUCGACAUCCAUCGCCUCAGGCAGAGGGAGCAGAAACACCGCAGCAGCUUCUGUGCACGAGAAGUGGCUGAUCUUCGAGGCUUCGGGGGGGACACAGCACCGCACCUGGCCAGCAACUCCCUCCUAGGUUUCUCGUCUCGGGCUGGAAGCAGAAUUGGGUCUACAGAGGAAGAGGAGGGGCUUCUUGGGGGUGAGGAGUUCCACCAGCACAAAGAGCAGGCCAGGAUGGAUUGUAGCUUUGCGGGACUUUUAGCUCCGUUGUAUAAGGAUCGGCCUUUUUACGGCGCUGGGCUUGGGUUGGAGCGUUCAGAUUCCAUGCGACAUCAAUGGUCAGUUGAUGGAGAUGGGGAGAAGGGAGGACACCACACAGGAUCUAUUGUCUCCUCCUCCAUCUCUGCCUUUACUCUACCUGUUAUCAAACUUAACAACUGUGUAAUUGAUGAACCAGAAAUGGAGGCAAUUACCGAAGAGGACAGAGGAGGUGAGCAGAGACGAGCAGAGAGGCCGGUGCCGCUGAGCUCCAUGGAGUCUCUAGUAGUGCCAGUAGCAUCUGUUGCCAAGGCCUCCAAGCCACCAGGCUUACAGCGCAGUAACUCUGCAUCCUCGUCCUCCUCCUUCUCCUCCGGCACCCUCUCCCCUGCUCCCUCAUCUACCUCAGGCUGCUGGCUCUCACCAGGAGCAGCAAAGAGUGACUUUGGCUCCAACUCUUCUCUUCAAAUGCUUAACAGCCACUCCAAAUCCCUGGACCUAGAGCGCAGGCCGAGCGUGCUUAGCGUGCGACCGGAGCAGAGGAAGCAUCCCAGCUGGCCGCGGCUCGACCGCAGCAACAGCACACGCAGUCACUGCGGGAACAGAGGCAGCAGCAAGGGAUACACCCGCCUGGAGGACAGCGAGCAGCUGGGGGAGCGACGCUCGGACACUUUGGCGUCACCGACAGACAGGCGCGACUACAGCAAGCGAGAGAAGCUGCUAAUGAUAUCCAGGUCACAUAAUACUCUGAGCUUCGAACAUGAUGAGUUUCACAGUAGUACGAUGAAGAAAGGAAGCUCUGAAACUCGAUUCUAAAACUGUCACAUCCAAGUCUGUCCUGUUCUUUAAAUUGUUCAUAAGCUCUCUAAGUGUGCAUCAGAUGAUUUUGGCUUUUAAGACCAGUUUUUGAAUGCAGAGAAGUAGUGUGGGAACCUGCACAGCAAAAGGUUGGCUCUUACUGACUCUACAGGCCUACUGUACUACUAGAGGUGCUUCUUUACAGCUGACCUGUACAUGUGAAAAAAGACGCUUCCUGCAGCAGUCAAUACGCAUCAAAUGACAUGAGUCUGCUCUAGUCUUUCCUAAACUGGGCCGGGCUAGACAUUAGCGUUAAACAAAGAUGGUGGCCUGCAAAUAAAUACAACAAAGACACCCUCACUGCCCUGCAGCCAUGUAAUACUGACCUUUCCCAGGAAUUUGAGUACAAAGAUCACUGCAAACACCAGCAUUUUGGUAUCUGUGGUUGUGCUGCCAGCCUUUCAACCUUUAGGUUAGAUUUUACUCAGGAUUGUUCAUCUCUACAUAAGGCCAAAAUCCCACUUUAAGAGAAGAAUAUCACAUUUUUAUUAGAAAUUAUAUUAUUUAUCUAGGCGUAUUUUCUGGAGAAUCUCCUACAAUUCCUGAAAAGUAUAAAAGUCAUUGGUCAAACCUGAUCUUACAGCCUAAUAUACACAUUUGUAAAACAAUCCCCAGCUAGAGGAAAAGCUUAGCUGAAACCAUCUCACCUAUCAAAAAAAUCACUUAAAAAGCAGAGUUUUAUUGCAAAAGGCUAUUGCUGUAUUUGCAUCCAUUAUAAUAUAAUAUGAUUAAAAUAAAGGCUACCGGACUGAAGGCUCUUCAGUGUUUCUGUCCUUUGUAGUUUUCUGCUGGUCAUAAUAUAUAUAUAUAUUUUUAAAUCAUCAUUUCAGCUAUUUGUCUACACAUCAAUUCCAAACACUGGAAAAUGUUUUGUCCUAUUGCAGGCUGGUGUCUCAUAUUUUCUUGUAAUAAACAGCAAACAGGUUUAACUUCAAAAUUCACAAAGGAGCUGAAAAACAAUUAUUGGGAAGUUAAGUUAGAUGGUAAUACAAGUGUGUACAAUCAUCUGAAUAAAGAAUAUCCUUGUUUUUUGUUUUAUUAAUUCAGAGCUAAAAGUGAAAAGCGUUUGAUUUACUAAUUGAUCAAAAAGUAGUGAUUUAUAUCAAGUACAGACAUUAAAAGAAAUUAUAUUAAGAUGCCAUGUUAUGACUAUGUUUGGACUUCACUAUCAUCAACGAGACGUUGUCGAGAAGACACCUUUCAUAGGGCGCCGAAGAUCACUGCUAAGGAUCUGUUUCCAAGUAGGUAGAUGGAAAAUUGAGUGAAAGGAAAAAGUGUUUCAGAAAAGAAUUCAUAAGGAAGAGGGAUAUUUCAUAAAAUUGAUUCAGCUCACAUGUUCCUCAUGUUAAACUACUCCUCAACCAGAGAUUUACUUUGGGUGUAAUUCGAUAAAGGAGUUCAACUUUUUUACCAAAUGAAUAAAUACAAUUCUUUUGUCUUU